AUGAUGGCGGAAGGAGGAAGUUUGCACUGCAACCUUGCCUUUGUAUUUCAGUUCUUUGAAUCCCUACUGGUAGCGAUGAGAAUAAUAAAGGAUCCCAAUUCACUCUUGACCGAAGCCGAAGAUCCCAAUUGGCAUUUGGCCAAACAACGAAGAAUUCAAUUCUGUCUGGAACACAAUCCAGUCCACCUUUGGGAAUUGCGAGAAUUGGCUCUAAGUAAGGGUGGACUAUUGACGCCGGAAGCUAGGAAACGAGCAUGGCCACUAUUGGUGGGAUUUGAUGUGGAAGACAAGACAGAACGAUUUGGUGAUGAUGAUGACAUUGAAAGCGAGAACCCAAUACCGGAUUUGCAACAUGAAUCAUCAUCCGGACAAGCGGAUGGGGCUGCGUCGCCAACAUCGGUCGUCGAUUCGUCGGAUACCAUAUUUACGUCGUCAUCCGUAUCUUCACACCCAUCCCAGCAUCAUUCUGUUCAAACGGAACGGAAUCCUGAACACGAGUUGAUUCGAAGGGAGUCCAACCGAUCUGUCAUCUUUCAAUACAACAAACACUACGAAAGGAAUACCACGCCAGAAUAUGCUGGUGAACGAUUGACAACAGUUUUGGAAAAUGUUGUCACUGAUCAAAAACACCACUACUAUCAAGGAUUGCACGAUGUCGUUGGUGUACUGCUACACAGUCUUCAGUAUGAUACAGAACUUACGGCCGAACUAGUACAACAUGCCGUCGGACAAUCGCAUUUUCGAGAUGCCAUGCGUGAAAACUUUAGCAAUGUUACUUGGUUGCUCAAUUUGCUGGUCUUGCCACUGGUGGAACAAAUUGAUAGACAUGUCCAUUACGCUUUGCAGGAAGUGGAUUUGGCAAGUCUGUGCUUGCCAUGGGUCAUUACUUGGUUCACUCAUGAUGUCUAUCAUCCAGACACUGCUGCAAGAUUGGCGGAUGCCUUCAUGGCAGGCCAUCCACUUUUGCCGCUGUAUUUCGCAGUGUCGUUGUUGACGCACCCAGUCUUGAAGCAAGAGCUCUUGCAACACGAAGAUUAUGAUCCCGCAAGUUUGUUUGUCCUAUUGAAGAAGCUACCCCGAUCCAUUGGUUCCGACAUGGCGAGUAGACAUGAUAAUACAGUCCAUUGUCGUGUACCAGUGCAAGAGAUUUUGGAAGAUGCUCUCGGUAUACUAAAACGCUUUCCUCCACGCAAAUUACUAGACCUUGUCGAUGCGGAUUUUGAAGAGCUCUUGCUUCGAGUGUCAUCGAUAUCAGCCUUUCGCACGCCCAGUGCUUGGAGAAUUACUUCUGGCAAAAAGUGGACUUUGCACCGUAGCCUCAGCAAUGAUAGUUUGGAUUCACUAACGAGUGCCCCACUAUCCUCUUCCACCCGAAGGGAAAUGAAAAUAUCCAACCAAUUCAUCCGAGCCAAAUUGGCGAGCGGAGUCCCAAUUGUACAAAAGGAAAUCCCGGAUAGUCACCAACUCUUUCGAAGUGUCUUCUGGGGAACCUAUCGCUACGAAAUCCUCAGGCGAAAGCGACGAAGAGGCAAGCUGCGAAAGUUUGCCAGACGGAUGAUACGCCGAUUGACGAAUUCCAAAGUGAAAUCGUCCUAA